AUGGAAUCAAAGAGUUCCAGCGACAACCCGACCAACGUGUCCCAGGAGAAGGGCACUACCAUCACUGAGCACCCUGGAGAUGUCCAGACCGGUGGUGGCUUCGCUUUCCAGGAGGAAAGCAAGUGGACCCGAAAUGGUCUCACUCUUGAGUCCUUCCAGCGCCGCAAGGACACCGGUGACCAUGAGCUUGAUCGCCGUAUGAAGCCUCGCCAUCUUCAGAUGAUUGCCAUCGGUGGUUCUAUUGGUGCUGGUUUCUUCGUCGGUUCAGGAAAGGCCCUUUACACUGGCGGUCCUGGAUCUGUUCUCAUCGACUUCAUCAUUAUUGGUGCUAUGAUCUUCAACGUCGUCUUCGCUCUCGGUGAACUUGCCGUCAUGUAUCCCGUGUCCGGUGGUUUCUAUAUCUACUCGUCUCGCUUUAUCGAUCCUUCUUGGGGUUUCGCCAUGGGUUGGAAUUAUGUCGCACAAUGGGCUACCGUUUUACCACUCGAACUGACAAUCUGUGCUGUCUGUAUUGAAUAUUGGAAUGAUGAGCUCUCGCCCGGAAUCUUCAUUGCAAUCUUCCUUGUUGCCAUCAUUCUCAUCAACAUCUUUGGCGGUAUCGGAUACGCCGAGGAAGAGUUUUGGUCAUCUUGCCUCAAGCUCGGAGCUACUGUUGCUUUCAUGCUUAUCUCUCUCGUCCUUGUCUGUGGUGGUGGUCCUUCCAACGGUCGAUACAACGAGUACUGGGGCACACGCUACUGGAGAGAGGACCCCGGUGCUUUCAAGAACGGUUUCAAGGGAUUCUGCUCUGUCUUCGUCACUGCUGCCUUCUCUUUUGCCGGUACUGAGCUUGUUGGUCUUGCUGCUGCAGAGUCUGAGAACCCUACCAAGGCUCUCCCUGGAGCCAUCAAGCAGGUUUUCUGGCGUAUCACCCUCUUCUUCGUCCUUGGUCUCUUCUUCAUCGGCCUUCUUAUCAAGUCCACUGAUCCCCGACUUAACAUUUCCGGUUACUCCAACGCCAAGGCCUCGCCUUUCGUGCUUGUCGGCGAGUACUCCGGCCUGACUGGUCUCGCCGACUUCAUGAAUGUCAUUAUCCUUGUCUCUGUUCUUUCUCUUGGUGUGUCUUGCGUUUACGGUGGCUCCCGUACCUUGACCGCCAUGGCUCAAAACGGAUAUGCUCCCAAGGUGUUCAGCUAUAUCGACCGCGGUGGCCGCCCCCUUGUUUCCGUCGCUGUCCACAUUCUCAUGGGUUUCAUCGCUUUCGUCAACCUUGAUCCCAAGGGUGGACAGAUCUUUGACUGGCUCCUGGCUCUUUCUGGUCUCUCGACCCUGUUCACCUGGGGCUCUAUCUGCCUUGCCCAUAUUCGCUUCCGCAAGGCUUGGGCCAGACAAGGCCACACUCUGGAUGAGAUUCCUUUCAGGGCCGCUUUUGGUGUUGUCGGCUCCUGGAUCAGUCUUGGCCUCAUCUGUCUCGUCCUUAUUGCCCAGUUCUAUGUUGCUAUUACUGCUCCUCCUGGUGAAUCUGGUAUGGGAACCGUCGAGGGAUUCUUCAUCUCAUACCUUGCUCUACCUGUUGUCCUUGCCUUCUGGGCUAUUGGCUAUUUCUGGAAGCGUGAGGGUUGGCUGUCAAUUGACAAGAUCGAUGUCGACACUGGCCGACGUGAGCACAACUGGGACGAAAUCAACGCUUACCGUGCCAAGGUUGCCACUUGGCCCGCUUGGCGACGCUUCCUCAACAAGAUCAUGUAA